ACCACCACUAACCUUUGACUAUGGAUCAAGUUCAACUUGUUCUCAAGCUAAUUGAGGAUCAGAAUAGUUCUAAUAACAAUUCUAGAAGGGUGGCUGAAUUGGAAUUUAAUCAUUUGGUGGCUCAAGAUCCUUCAAAAGUUUGUUAUGUGUUAAUUCAGGUGCCCAUGGAGUCAAGUUAUCCACAAUAUGUGAGACAAUCUUGCUUAUUACACUUGAGGAGAUUGGUUCCAAAAUACUGGUCUAUGGCAUUUGAGUCUUUCAGUGGAACUCCAAUUAGCCAGGACUUGAAGCUGGUAAUUAGAGACAACUUGAUCAAGUUGGUGAUGACUUCUCAACCUUCCAAAAUUAAGAAUAGUGCUUCUUAUGUAAUUGUUCAAAUUGCUGUUGCUGACUAUCCUGAUGAAUGGCCCGACUUACUAAACACUUUGUAUGAGUAUUCGAGGGAUUUCAAUAACCAGCCAGCGGUCGAGGGCUCUCUCAAAGUUUUGAACGACUUAUUCGAUGAUUUGGUAACUGAAGAACAGUUUUGGGAUCAAAAUGUUGGUAAACAGUUGAUUGAUCAUAUUACUCUGAUAUUAUCCACAGAUAACUUGAGCCCAGAAGUCAAAAUUAAUUGCAUAGACUUGUACAAAAAUGUUUUAAACUAUUUAACUAGUGGUGAAGCUUUUGUUAAUGACUCGAGGAAGAAAAUGGUGUAUGAACAUUUACCCUUCAUUUGCGAAUUGUUCUUCAAGUUGAUCAAAGAUUCCAUCCAGUCUUCUUCCAAAUUGUUGAGUAACAAAAGCAUUGAUCUUGUUGAUUGUAAGUUUCGUUCUUCAAUGUACUCUGUGCUAAGCACUAUUUUUGGCAGCUUCAACAAGAAAAUUUCAAUCGAAUUCAAAAGGUACCUAUUAUUGGAACUCUUGGGUGACUUCAAUGUGUUACACUCUCCGUAUCUACAGAUCAACAACAGUACUUCAGACUUGAGUAUUAUAGGAUAUGGGGAUGAUUAUGGAAAAGAUAUCACCGACACUAUCAAUGAAAUUGCAUCUCUAGUAUUGUUGAUACAACAUAGUGUUCAAUUGAACUCAGUAUUAGCCACAGAUGAUUUUCUGGUGUUUGUUACACAGAUGAUAUCCGUGUCCACUUUACAGUCUGAAGACAGCUAUGAUAAUGACUUCAACGUCUACAUAACUGAGAACACAGGUUUAUCUGGCUCAGUCACUGUACGCGAUUCCAUCAACGAAUUCUUCUCUGAAUUGAACGAUAAGGAUUCCAAUGCAAUUUUCAAUGCCAUACUCAGAGACCUUAUGAGCUCAACUAAUGACCCAUGGGAACUCACUGAAGCCAAGUUCUAUAUUUUAGAAAGUAUGUUCCAAAAUGAAGAUACUGAGCUAGAAGGAGAUAUUGAUAUAACCGACUUUUACAGUUUCACUGUUCAGUUCUUGGCGUUAAAUGAAGCUAACCGCUUAAACUCAAACACAAAUUCAUUGGUUAUUGCGAGAGUCAUAUCUAUGCUUCCAAAGUUUUUUGAAAAGUUUGAAGGAAAGUUGUCUGUCAACAAAGUUUCUGCUUACAGAGAUGAUAUUGCUAACUACAAUAAUAACAUUGCCGCCUUCAUUUUCAGUUUAACCAUAUUUAUUAGCUGUAAGCUAUCCUCAGGUGAUACCGGGUAUGAUUUCAUUAAGGCUUCCACUUUGAUCAGCAGCACUAACUAUAGAGAUUUGAUCAACUUUGAGACAGAUUUCAAUCACACCAAUUCAACUUCUAUUCAGCAAAACUUCUUUUGUUUGAUCACAGAUUUGCUUGAAGCAAGCGAGGAGGAUGCUUUGCCGGUCUUAUUGGAGGCUUUGUCUGUGGGGAUUAAUAUCAACCCAAAAACUGCUUCUAAAACCGACGCUUCUGGAUCAUCAGUUGUAGACUUAAUAUUGAACGUGUCUUUCAAAGAUCCUUCUAACGUCCAGUCUGUCAUUGAAUCGUCUGAUUGUUUGAGGACGUUGUUUGAAAAUAUUGAGAUGGCUGAUUAUAUCACGUGUUGUGAAAAGUCGUUGCCUUUCUUGAUUAAUAAUAUUAACCAAUCCGCUACUGACUCGCAGUCCGUUGAGUAUUCCCCAAAAUUGAACCUUAGUUUGGAUUUACUUGACAUCGUUAUUGAAUCUGUUCCCCCCAAUGAAAUCAAUGAAAAAUCUUUCCCUGAACAGGUAUUUAACUUCUUGUAUUCUCAUAUUAGAAGAUUGGUAAUAUUGGCUAACGAUGAUCAGAUUUUACAAAGUGGUGGCUCUAUUAUUAACAGCUUGAUACAGAAUGCAUCUACAAGCUUCAGAACCUACAAAGAUCCGGACACUGGUGAAUCUGGGCUUGAAUCAUUGUUAACCAUUGUUUCUAAGUUCUUGUCUUCUGAGUUGUCGGACAGAGCAGCCUUAAAUUGUGGUACAAUUGUAACCUCAUUGAUAAACAAGUUUCAACAAGAAUUAGGGGAUCAGUACUUGUCUCAAAUUUUGGCGGCUACAGCGCAACGACUCUUAAUUGCCAAGGAAGUGAUUACUGUAGAAAACUUGGUGAUGCUAUUCUGUAACUUGGUUUUAGUUUCCCCUGAGCUGAUGAUCAACUACCUUGGAAAUGAAUUGAUACUUAAAGACCCUGUAACCGGCAAAGACACACCUAGUCUUUCGUUGAUUCUUCCCAUUUGGUUCCAAUCAUUUGAAGUGACUAGAGGUUAUGAGAAGAUAAAGCAAAAUGCAUUGGCUUUAGGAAAGAUAUUUUCUUUGGCUGAUCAAAGAAUUGAGACCUUGGUCGUUAAUGGUGAUUUAAUACCUUAUGAUGGAGACAAGAUUGUCACCAGGUCUAUGACCAAACUGAUGCCAGAUCGAUAUACUCAAAUUUCAGCAUCUCUCAAGAUUUUAAAACUCUUGGUCAGUGAGCUUGAGUUUCAAUGUCAACAGCCAAAUGCUGAAGAUUAUUUGCAGGGGAAAUAUGAGGAGGAUGCUGGGGAUGACGAUGGGUGGGAAGACCUCGAAGAUAUUGGUGUGCCCAAUUAUGACAAGUUGAAAUCAUAUAUAGACUCUGAUGAUGAAGAACACGAAGAAUCAAAGGAUGAUGAUUUAAAGAACUUGUUAAUUCAAUUCUUCAAAGAAUGUGCCGUGAGAAACCUUGGAAAUUUUUCGAAGUAUUACGGCCAGCUCGAUGAUGGCGAAAAGAGAAUAAUUACUGAAAAUGUGCUAUUUUAAUAUAUAGAUAAUACACGUUGUAAAAGAUAAA